GUGCCCCUCACCCUUUCCUUUUUUUGCUUGAAACGUUUUAUUUUUUAUUUUACUUUAUGUUUUGUUUAUUUAUAGUUUUUAAAUGAUUUUCUGAUACAGGAUGAGUUGUUUGAAGUGCUAGGCAUGAAGACAUUCCUUCCUGUACCACAAGAAAAAGGCAGCUAUGAAAAGCUGGAGUAUUCUACCGAUCUCUAAUUAAGCCAGACAGAUUAACUGAUUGGGUGUGUCUGUUUGCUUUUAUGGUUCCAAUUAGUGUUUUGGAGGAAUGAUGGCCUACAGCGCUUUUAUAACAUUUAAGGAUUGGCCCAAUAAUCCAACAUUAGGAUCCUAUGCAAGACAGUUAACCAGAAAUAGUUAAAUAAACUGAUCCUUUAAGCAUUUCUAAAUACUACCUUUGUCAUUUAACAUUCCUUUUUCCACCAGCUUAGCCACUGUCUUCCAGAUUUUUAGGCCAGUUGCCAUAAAAUAGUGCUCACUUAGUUCAAGGCCAGAGGAGUGUUUUUGGGGGUAGUCACUGUUGGUUCUAAGCCUUCUCUAACCCCGGAGUUGAGCAUUUCAUUUGGGACAGGUUUUUCAUCGAUUCCCACACAGUCUCGUUUCCAACACUGCCCUCAGAAGAGGUCACCUGGAAAUUUCGUUGCACCUGUUGGGGAAGAAUUAAUUUGUCCUCUUUCACCCCUUAUUCCUUAUGGAAGCAUCAGGUCGUUUCAGCAUCACCCCUUCUAGGGUGUUGAUGACGUCUUUGUUCAGCUUUACCGUUUAGUCUGCACGCUCGCGGGGGCAGUUAAGGAAGUGUCGUGCGGAAGAGCCGUUCGCGUGGAAAACCAGGGUGAAAAUGCUUCACGUGAUGCAUUUCAUCCUUCUACUGGGUCUGGCCCUUUGAAGCCCAAGAGAGAAUGUCGUAAGACGGUCUGGGUGAAGAUGCCAGUUUAGACACGGUAUUAAGCGACUUGCUUGGCGGCUUCAGCACCGGCUCUCUCUCCCUCUCUAGUGUCCCUGUGAGAGCCUCGGUGAAGACUUGGUCCCCACUCCCCACCCGAGACAGCCCCCUCCGGGAAACCCUUCACCCAAAGGGACCCGCCGAGCCAGAUGAUGCCUGUCGACUUGGGGCAGGCCCUGGCCCUGCUGCCGCAGCUGGCGAAGGCCGAGGACUCCCCGUUCUGCGGACCGGACGCUGCCCCUCGAGGGGAGCUCUGUAACCCCGAGACCGCCCGCCAGCUCUUUAGGCAGUUUCGUUACCAGGUGACAUCUGGGCCCCACGAGACCCUGAGACAGCUUCGGAAGCUCUGUUUCCAGUGGCUGCAGCCAGAGGUUCACACGAAGGAGCAGAUCCUGGAGAUCCUCAUGCUGGAGCAGUUCCUGACCAUCCUGCCCGGGGAGAUCCAGACGUGGGUGCGGACCCAGUGUCCGGGCAGCGGCGAGGAGGCAGUGACCCUCGUGGAGAGCUUGAAGGGAGACCCCCAGAGACUGUGGCGGUGGAUCAGCAUCCAAGUUCUGGGACAAGAAAUCCUAUCGGAGAAGACGGACUCCGCAAGCUGCCGCGUGGGGGGAGCGGGGCGCCAUCUUGAAAUGGCGUCUCAGGAGCUGGGACCUCGGGCCUUCCCCUCCAGGCCUGGGGAGCCGCCGAGCCGUGCUGUGAAAGAGGAGUCUGACGUGGAGCAAGAAUUAGCGCUGGCCGCUGCCGCCCUGGACGAAAGGCUCGUCGGAGACCAGGACUUCACAGCCUCCGUGCUCCAAGCAGCACCUCAGGAGCCGUGGAGGCACCUGGAGUCCGUCCAGAAGGAGCAGUACUGGGAUCUCAUGCUGGAGACCUACGGGAAGAUGGUCUCCGGAGGCAUUUCCAGUUCCAAGCCUGAUCCGACUGGUCCAACGGAGUAUGGGGAAGAGCCUGCCGGGCGGCACCCUCACCUUAGUGAGAAGAUCCCAAGGCCCACCUGCCUAGGAGACAGGCAAGAGAAUGACAAAGAGAACCUGAAUUUGGAAAAUUGCAGGGGCCAGGAGCCUUCCGACGUCUCCUGCCACGCCUCAGGGGAGGCGCCUUCCCAGGCCUCCUUGAGCGGCCUCUUCGGUGAGGAUGCACCGAGAUGCUUUGGAGAAGUGGACGGUCGCCCUGAGGCCCCAGGAGACCUGCAGGGUGAGGGGCCGGUGGGCCAGCUCUCUCCUCAAGAGAGGAAUUCUGGGAAACAGCAUGUGGCCAGUCCCCGUCCAGAAGAACUGUCCCUGCUGUGUCUGGAGGAGAAGAGAGACGCCUCCCCGAAGGGGCAGCCGAGGGCCCCCAUGGCCCAAAAACUCCCCACCUGCAGGGAGUGCGGGAAAAGCUUUUACAGGAAUUCUCAGCUUGUUUUUCACCAGAGAACUCACACUGGAGAGACAUACUUCCAGUGCCCCACCUGCAAAAAAGCCUUUCUGCGGAGUUCAGACUUCGUGAAGCACCAGAGAAUCCACACGGGGGAGAAGCCCUGUAAAUGUGGCCACUGUGGCAAAGGCUUCAGCGACUUCUCGGGACUGCGUCACCACGAGAAGAUCCACACGGGAGAGAAGCCCUACAAAUGUCCCAUCUGCGAGAAGAGUUUUAUUCAGAGGUCAAACUUUAACAGGCAUCAGAGAGUGCACACAGGAGAGAAACCGUACAAGUGUCCCCGCUGCGGGAAGAGUUUCAGCUGGAGCUCGAGCCUUGAUAAACAUCAAAGAUCCCACUUAGGAAAGAAGCCCUUUCAGUAGCCAAGCUCCCUGAGCCCAUUUCUAUCUCUGGGCCAUUUAAAAAUACUUCCUUCCAUCUGGAGACAUCGCAUCUCUUAAAGGCCAGCCCUGUUCUCUCUGUUAUUUUAUGGAUUCGAGAGGAGAGUCACCAGGGCACGGCUUUGGACUGGGAGGACACGUUGGCCUCUGGGUUGGAUUUCGUGUGGGUUUCAUUUCUUGCCUCUGCGUCGGGAGAAAGAGUGGUCUUUCUCCGUCAGCUCGUCUCUUGCGGUGGAUCCCUUGGGGAAAAAGCUUCACUUGGAGAUCCUGUUCUACAAGUGCCGUCUGGGGAGAGCUCAGCUGGAUUGGCUGCAUGGCAGCUCAUGGCGGCUCAUGGGAAGGGCCUGGGAUCAGCGGUUUAGGAGGGGGGUUCGGGAGCAGAUCUUCUGUCACAGGAAGGGCAGCAGAGAGGGCCAGUGAGCUCACGUGUGUUCCUUGCCACACGGGUGCAAAAUUAACCUCAAGUGUCUCUCGUUCUAAAUAAACUUCUUAGAGUUACCCCG